GUUUGCGGAGGAAGAAAGCAUGGGUGCGGGAGCAAGUGCCGAGGACAAAAAGUCAAAGGAGUUGGAAAAACAACUCCAAGAAGAUGCUGAUAAGGAGUCUAAAACUGUCAAGCUAUUACUGCUUGGCGCUGGUGAGUCAGGGAAAAGCACCAUCGUAAAACAAAUGAAGAUUCUGCAUCAAGGUGGUUACACAAAAGAGGAACAGCUGGAGUUUAGAGCGAUCAUCUAUGGCAACAUCCUGCAGUCUGCUCUGGCUAUCAUCAGAGGCAUGGAGAUGCUGGGGAUCGGUUUUGGCUCGGGAUCUGGACAGGAAGAUGCACAGAAGCUGCAGAACUUGUCAGACUCCAUUGAGGAAGGCACAAUGCCUCCUGAGCUGGCUGAUGUUAUCCAGAAGCUGUGGAAAGACUCUGGUGUGCAGGCUGGCUUCGAGAGAGCUGCUGAGUACCAACUGAACGACUCUGCUGGCUACUACCUCAAUGAAAUGGACAGAAUCUGCAAGCCAGACUACCUCCCCACUGAGCAGGAUGUGCUGCGAUCUCGAGUCAAAACAACUGGUAUCAUUGAAGAACAGUUCUCCUGCAAAGAGUUGCACUUCAGGAUGUUUGAUGUGGGUGGCCAGAGGUCAGAGAGAAAGAAGUGGAUCCAUUGUUUCGAGGGUGUGACCUGCAUCAUCUUCUGCGGAGCUCUCAGUGCAUACGACAUGGUGCUCGUAGAGGACGACGAAGUGAACCGCAUGCACGAAUCCCUCCAUCUAUUCAACAGUAUCUGCAACCACAGAUUCUUUGCACUGACCUCCAUCGUGCUUUUCCUCAACAAGAAGGAUCUCUUUGAAGAGAAGAUCAAGAAAGUCCAUCUGAGUAUCUGCUUCCCAGACUACGAUGGCCCCAACACGUACGAUGACGCCAGCAACUACAUCAAGCUGCAGUUCUUGGAGCUUAACAUGAAGAAGGGUGUGAAAGAAAUCUACUGCCACAUGACCUGUGCCACAGACACAAAGAACGUCGAGAUUGUGUUCAACGCUGUGACAGACAUCAUCAUCAAAGAAAACCUAAAAGAUUGCGGUCUUUUCUAAGCAGCUCCAGAGUGAAAAGAGAACUUCCUUUCCUACCUUAACCCCUCACACAUUGGCAUUAACUGAGAAGUGUACUGACGGAGCACAGAGGAUCCUCAGUUUGUUGUGUUCAUGGCAUCGCUUCCACGCCAAGUCCCAGUCCUGGUCCUUGACUGCUCCCAGCACCUCAACAACAGUACAUCCCUGCAACACAGUGCACGUCCAGCUGGGUUGAAACAACAAUCAAGUCGCUACAUCGUUGUUGUGGACAUACAGCUUUCUACAAGAUUCUUCAGUUUUUCUAAAGUACAGUAUUUAUGUAACACCAGAA